AUGGGGGCCACAGGAACGGGAAAAUCCCGUCUCUCUGUUGACGUUGCCACCCAUUUUCGAGGAGAAAUAAUCAACUCGGAUAAAAUGCAACUUUACAAGGGACUUGAAAUUGUUACAAACAAGAUCACACACGCUGAGAAACAAGGGCUAGUGGAUGAGGUGCGACAGAUUUUCAUUCCAGAUGCAGAUUACACCAAAGGAAUCCGACGGUUCAUCGGUGUCCCUGAAAUGGACAGAUAUUUAAGGGAAGAAACAAAUAUAGACGGAGAUGAUGAAUCAAAGCAGAUGAUUCUUCAAGCUUCAAUUUCAAGUAUCAAGUGUAAUACUCGGCUAGUGGAUGAGGUGCGACAGAUUUUCAUUCCAGAUGCAGAUUACACCAAAGGAAUCCGACGGUCCAUCAGUGUCCCUGAAAUGGACAGAUAUUUAAGGGAAGAAACAAAUAUAGACGGAGAUGAUGAAUCAAAGCAGAUGAUUCUUCAAGCUUCAAUUUCAAGUAUCAAGCGUAAUACUCAUAAAAUGAACACUUUCAUCAACAAUGAAGAGUUCAACAAGAAAAAAGUGAUCUUCAUAAUGAGGGCCACAGGAAUGGGAAAAUCCUGUCUCUCUGUUGACGUUGCCACCCAUUUUCGAGGAGAAAUAAUCAACUCGGAUAAACAAGGUGAAAUUGAACCAGAUUCAGACUUCACAGCUGAGGAUUUUCGUUUGCAAGCUGUCGUCUAUAUAGAAAAAAUACUGAAGACUCAACGUGUUCCAAUAAUUGUUGGAGGGUCAAAUUCGUAUAUUGAAAAACUUGGGGAAGAUCUUGUGUUCAUGUUUAAAUAUAAGUAUGAUAGUUGCUUUAUUUGGAUUGAUGUUGAGCAAUCAGUCUUGAACCAUAGAGUUGACAUGAGGGUUGAUCAAAUGGUCAAAGCAAAGGAUGAGGUGCGACAAAUUUUCAAUCCAGAUGCAGAUUACACCAAAGGAAUCCGACAGUCCAUCGGAGUCCCUGAAAUGGACAAAUAUUUAAGGGAAGAAACAAAUAGAGACGGAGAUAAUGAAUCAAAGCAGAUGAUUCUUCAAUCUUCAAUUUCAAGUAUCAAGCGUGAUACUCGUAUGUUAAUAUGUAACCAACCUGACAAGAUUGAUGGAUUAAUAAGCGAGAAAAUGUGGUAA